UUCCAAGCAUGUCCAUUGUACCAGUCUUGUCUGCCGCGGCUGCGAGCUGUCGUCCGCUCACAACGUGAUUCUGGUAGAAAACCACGUUUCCCUCGCUUCUGUCGCUCGUCUCGCUUUUAAGAAUCGCGCGGCGGUCGUUGUCAUCAGUUUAGAGGGGACAUUUAUGGGCGUCUGGCGGUUGCCAGCUUGCGGUUAGCACCGGAGCUAACAGGCGUUCCUGCGGUGGCUGGUCGUCUUUGUGGCGUGGAUCCACCGGGAGUCUGGGAGAAGUGUGCUGGAUGGCAACCCGGCUCCGAUAAGGUCGCCACUUCGGGAUUUCUCUGCUGUCAACCUACGAGUUAGCGACUUGAUGUAGCCAGGCUAAGCUAGCCCUUGCUACCGGUUGUUUUUUUUUUUAUCCCACCGCUACGUCGAUAGAGCGCAAAGUUUUUAAAACACCGCUGUGUUUUUAUCCUCCGGAAGUCGCCAGACUACGUUGCUUCUCGCCAGGAUGAACGGCUUCAGCACCGAGGAAGACAGCCAUGACGGACCGCCGGCGCCGCCGUUCUACGGGCAGAGCUGCUGCCUGAUCGAGGACGGCGAGCGCUGCGGCCGCUCGGCUGGAAACGCCUCCUUCAGCAAGAGGAUCCAGAAGAGUAUAUCUCAAAAGAAGCUCAAGUUGGACAUCGACAAGAGUGUGCGCCACUUGUACAUCUGUGACUUCCAUAAGAAUUUCAUCCAGAGUGUGCGCAACAAGAGGAAGAGGAAGACCAGCGAUGACGGCGGCGAGUCCCCGGAUCACGACGUGGAAGUUCCCGAGGUCGACUUGUUCCAGCUGCAAGUCAAUACGCUGAGACGCUACAAGCGACACUACAAGCUGCAGACCCGGCCCGGACUGAACAAGGCUCAGCUGGCCGAGACGGUGAGUCGUCACUUUCGGAGCAUCGUGGUGAACGAGAAGGAGACGCUGACCUACUUCAUCUACAUGGUGAAGAGCAGCAAGAGCCGUUUGGACCAGAAGGGUGACGCAGGUAAGCCGCUGGACUGAGUGGCGCCUGCCCCCCGACCUCGCGACCCCUGGAGGACGUUUGACAUUGACAUUUGAGAUUCCGGACCCGGACCGGCUACGUUUUGCGUCUUCUCCCGCGGUUUCCUCUCUGAAAGCGUUUCAUGGAUCUCCAGACCGUAAAGACUCGAGAGCGCCCGAGCUUUGGAUCCGACGCGGCGGCCUUCUCUUCUCUGCCGACGGCAGGAGCCAAGUUUGUGCCAAACAGACAAGCCUUUUCUUGCUGAACCAACACUGUUGAAGCAGCUUCUGGAUUACUGCACCACCUCACCAAAAACUCUGCCAGCUUCGAUGUUCGGGUGGACUCCGUUUUAAAUCUUUCUCUUUAGUUUCGUCUUAGCUUGUCGUCGUCUUUUGUUGCCCGUUUUCUGUUUUAAACUAGAAAGAAAUUGAUAUUUAAACGUCUCAGCAGCGAUAUCCAAAUCACAUUUGGAACAUACGAUAGGUUUGAUAGCUGUUUUUAAUAAAUCAAUAAAUGAGGUGAUUUGGUUUUAAAUUGAUGCAAGUGGAAGCUACCAAAACUGUUUUUUUUUGUUUUAUAGACACUAACUUCCUCCGUAAGCUGCGUUCAUAUGAAUGUCAAUAAGGUGGAUAUGAGUUGAUGUUUCAUGUUUGGAGUUUUAUAGUUCCUGAUUCAGUAUUUAUCUCGACCGAACGUCUUCGUAAGACCUUUACAUUCUUGCAUCAAUUCACUCUGUUCAUUUUAUUCUGACAUUGUUGAAAUUAUUUUUAAAAAGUUAAGACAUUGAAAUAUUCAACUCAUAUCAGAUUAUUGCUGUUUGUGCGAACAUGGGCUCAGAUAAAAACAACUUUCCUCGCCUUUCCUGAUGGAAUGAACAGGUUUGUUAUGGUGAAUUAACCCACAAAAAAUGAAUUUAAAACAAGAUUUAGGGAGGAGAUGAUCUGAGCUAGUCCAGAUUAGAGGUGCUGUUGACUUUUUUAAAUUCUGCCCCUCUGCUGCCCCACACUGUCUUUCAUUUGCAUGCCUUUCAUUUGGUCCCCAAUCUUCCCCUUUCUCUCACUCUCUGUCUCAUUGUCAAAAUGUCGCGCAGCUCUAAUCUGGACUUGCUCCUCCACGUUGCAUGAACAAGUGUCAUUGAUUUAUGGAGUUGCAGCAGAGGACCGAGUGGGUAUGACCUGAUACUUAAUGCUCCGUGGUGACAGCAUGAAUCGUACACAUUCGCCGGUUGGGCUUCAAUUGGAUUUCACCCCACCCUCCACAGUUUCUUUCUCUCGUCUAUUGUAUUUGAUUUUUGCUCGUAGUUUUGUUAGCGUCGUGUAAAUAACAGCGUCUGUAUCGGCCCGCGUUGUUUUGGUAUAUUUGUAUUUAAAUAUGGCUGCUUGUCGCUCCUAACAACAAUAAAUGUAUUGUACAUACA